AUGCCUACCUGUACAGAAGUUUCGAUAGAUCGGCAAUCUUUACGUUUUCGAUUAACCCGAAACGUGGAGCCGUAUCAGUUACUAUGGUUGGAUGGAGAUAUGACUGAAACACCAAAAAAACUUGCUGUACAACGAAAGCUACGUGGAAUUAUCAAUCAGCUGAAAACAUUUGAUAAGGUGAAAGACUGUGAAAAGCAGCUUCUAAGUCUAUCGUCUGAUGUUGAUGAGAAAGUAAUCUUAAUCAUAAACGAUCAAUUCAGUCGUGAAUUACUUCCGGCAGUUCAUGAUAUGAAACAACUGUGUGCUGUUUAUAUCUAUUGUGCGACUGUUGAACAUAUCGACAAAUGGAGAUGUCAGUUUGCAAAAGCCAAAGGCGUCUUUUAUACCUUAGAAGAAAUGAUCAAUCAAAUAGAGAAAGAUCAGAAUUUACGCGAAAGGGUGCAUGAUGAAUCAAUUGGAAUAAACAUUUAUAACUUUCACUGCAAUGACAAGCUCGAACAGCGAAACGCUAUGUUUAUGCACUUGCAGUUAUUCAUUGAAAUUAUUUUGAAUAUAAAACCCGCACCAGAGAAAGCGAAGAAAGAACUGCUUGAUUUUCUACGUGCAAUGUUCGGCGACAACGAUGAACAAGUUCGUGUGAUUGAUGAUUUUGAGCGAAAUUACUCUAUGGAUACAGCAGUGUGGUGGUACACUAAAUAUACAUUGUUCUAUAGUCUCCUCAAUCAAGCGCUUCGCAAUCAUGAUUUCGAUAUUCUCACAGCUUUUCGUUUUUUCAUCACGGAUUUGUACAAACAACUCUCCGAUGAACAUAAAAAAUAUCUUGGUACACUGAGCAAACCUAUCAUUCAAGUAUACCGAGGUCAAGCGAUCAAUGAAAAAGAAUUACAAUUAAUUACUGACAAUGUAGGAGAAUAUAUUUCAAUGAAUAGUUUCCUGUCAACAACGACGAGACGAGAAACAGCAGAGUUUUUUGCAGAAUCGAGUACAACUGGUACUGAUUCCGUCAAACGUAUUUUGUUUGAAUUUAAGAUUGAUUCACAAAUGUCAAACAUCAAACCAUUUGCCAAUGUAAGACAUCUGAGUUAUUUCGCAGAGGAAGAUGAAGUGCUUAUCUCUUUGAGUACGAUCUUUCGAAUAAAAGAUGUGAAAUACAACAACGCGCAAAAUCUUUGGAUUGCUAAACUAGAAUUGUGUUCUUCAGAUGAUUUCGCUUUGAAAGAAAUAUUAGAACACGAAAAAAAAUUAAUGCAACCAACACCGUCACUUCUUCAUCUUGGAAAAUUAUUAGGCAACAUGGGUAGUUACGAAAAACAAAAAGCUCUUAUUCAACAAAUACUUAACGAAUCGGAUAAUGAUUUAGAGAAAGAAAAUUGUUAUUUACUCCUGGGUCAAGGUGCUCGCUUUCUAAAAGACUAUGACAUGGCACUUGAAAAUAGUUUCAAAUGUCUUGAAUUACAAGAAAAAGCUGGCGUAGAUGAUGUAUACAUUGGUCAAACGUAUAUUGCAAUAGCCGAGAUUUAUUUUCUAAAGCUUGAAUUAGAUUUAUCUUUGGAGUAUGCGGAAAAAUCUCUGUCGCUGAUUCCAGAGGGUCAUCUUCUACGUGCUCAUACUUAUCGAUUAAUGAGUAAAACUUACUCAAAAAAAGCUGAAUACGAGUUAUCAUUAGAUUAUUCAAAAAAAACUUUGGAAAUACAAAAGGAAACGCUGCCAGAAGAUGAUAAAGACGUCGGUUUAACCUAUUAUUGGAUGGCAAUUGCUUAUGAAAACAUCAACAAUUACCCUAUGGCGUUGCUGUGCUUGAAUGAAUCAUUACGAAUUAGUCAAAAGACUUUGCCACCUACACAUCAGAACAUUCGAAUAUUUCAGGAACAUGUGAAGCGUAUGCAAGACAAAUUGACCUGUCCACCGUAG